GCGCGCGGACUGGGGUCAGGGCUUCGCAGCCGCUCACAGCAAGUUCCCUUGUCCCACUCCCCAUAGCGCUCGGGAGCAGAACAGAGGCAAACGCUAACGGGUUGCUGGAGGGAUACAGCCUUUUUCCUUCUACCAGUGGCGAUUAUGAAGGUUACUUAGAAAGUUCCCAUUGCACCUCUCAGGAAGUAAAUUGGAUCUGAACAUUCUUCUGUUUGAUAAUAUGAAACAAAAGGAAUAAUGCAUAUGGAUUUAAAAUUACUGUAUUUAUUAGGUUGUUAUGGUUUGAGAAGCACUGGGAAAAUAACUCACUCUGUUACUCAUCAUAGAUCUACUAAAAAUUAUUUCUGAUGCAGCUGAGAAAAAUGCAGACCAUUAAAAAGGAACAGGCACCCGUUGAUACAAGUAGCAAUGUGGAGAAAAUCAUGGUACUUAAUUCCACUUUAACAGAAGUGUCUGAAGACUUGACUACAAAUGAAGACAUAAUACUUAAUGAAGGAAAUAGUGGAAAAAACAAAUCUUCAUCCUGUCGUAGAAAGCGGGAAUUCAUUCCAGAUGAAAAGAAAGAUGCUAUGUAUUGGGAAAAAAGACGAAAAAAUAAUGAAGCUGCCAAAAGGUCUCGUGAAAAACGACGACUGAAUGACCUUGUCUUAGAGAACAAACUAAUUGCAUUAGGAGAAGAGAAUGCCACCUUAAAGGCUGAGCUGCUUUCAUUGAAACUAAAGUUUGGUUUAAUUAGCUCUGCAGCAUAUGCCCAAGAGAUACAGAAGCUCAGUAAUUCAACAGCUAUGUAUUUCCAGGACUAUCAAACUUCCAAAUCAAAUAUUAAUUCAUUUGUGGAUGAACAUGAACCAUCUGUGGUGGGCAGUAGUUGUAUUUCUGUCAUCAAACACUCUCCACAAAGCUCUUUGUCUGAUGUGUCUGAAGUAUCCUCAGUAGAGCGUACUCAAGCAAGUCCUAUACAGAACAAUUGCAGAAGUCCAGAAAAUAAAUUUCAAGUUAUAAAGCAGGAGCCUAUGGAAUUGGAGAACUUUGCAAGAGAGUCAAGAGAUGACAGAGGCUCCUAUCCAGCAUCCAUAUUUCCAAACUACAUGGUAAGAAACUUUAAUGGGUACUCACAUUCCCCUCCUCUGCUACAAGUGAAUAGGUCAUCCAGCAAUUCUCCAAGAACUUCAGAAACUGAUGAUGUCGUUGUAGGAAAAUCAUCCGAUGGAGAAGAUGAACAGCAGGUCCCUAAAGGUCCAAUUCAUUCCCCAGUUGAACUUAAAAAUGUUCACGCAACAGUGAAAGUUCCAGAGGUGAACUCUUCUGCACUGCCUCAUAAGCUUCGAAUUAAGGCCAAAGCCAUGCAAAUCAAAGUGGAAGCGAUGGAAAAUGACUAUGAUGCCACACAGAAACUGUCAUCACCAAUUGACAUGACAUCUAAAAGACAUUUUGAGCUUGAAAAGCACAAUGCGCAAAAUUUGGAGCAUUCUUCUCACACUCCUUUCUCUGUUCAAGUGACUAAUAUCCAAGACUGGUCUCUCAAACCAGAACACUGGCACCCAAAGGAACUCAAUGUACAAAUUCAGAGUGGUUGCAAAACUGGAGUUAUUGAAAUUAAAGACAAUGUCUAUAAAGUAUCUGAGUCAGAGAACUUGUAUUUGAAGCAGGGCAUAGCAAACUUAUCUGCAGAGGUUGCUUCGCUUAAAAGACUUAUAAGUACACAACAAAUCUCUGCUUCAGACUCUGGUUAAAUUACUACUGAAUAACGCUUAUUGUUUUAAAGGCUGUCAUUUGCAGUAGAUCGAUACGUUUUGUGUUACGUUGAAUUUUCACUGGACUUGUGAUGUCAUUUCACUGUAAUGUUCACAUAAUGUCUGAUUGAUGGUGUCUUUUUGUGCACAAAUUAUUAUGAAGACUAGGUUGUGUUAUGAUCACUAUGCCUUGUGUAUAGACAAGUAGCCUGUAUGAGGGCUGUAUAUAGUGAAUCUUUUUUUUUCUUGUUGUUGUUCUAUUAUAAAGUGUGCAAGUUACCAGUUACAAUAAAAUAUUGGUGACAAACACAGAACAUCUACUCUAAAUCAAUUGAUUGUGAUAAACAUGUAAAUAUUCUGUUAAUGAUCAAAUAAGAAGUCUUCCAAAACAUAUUUUAAUUUACUUCAGUCAGGUUUACAGCCUAACUAAACCAAAUUGAAAUGUAUAUACAUGCAUGGAAAAAAUCCUAGGUCUUUCUUUUUUUUUUCUUAAGGAUCUUUUAUAAGGUGAACCGAAAUUGGCAUCAAGUACUAAAAAGUUAAAGAUUGAACUUUCUUCCGUUAUUUAUUACAGUAGAUAUACCAAAAUAAUAUCAAAAACAUUUUUCUAUUACUGUCCCAAAUGUAAUUGUUUCUGUCUCAAUGUGUACUAAAAAGCCAGAUAUUGAGACAUUUAUUUUGAAUAGCUUGAGUCUCCAUAUGAAAUUAAGGUUAUGGAUCUUUGUAAUUUGCAGAACCAUGAAACUGGCAUAAUAGGUAAAUCCUUCUGCAGUCCUUCUGCCCUUAAUCAAUGUUCCAGGCCUGAAAUACAGUGGAUUUGCAUAAUUUCUACUGGGUCGGUGUGGGGUAGGCUAUCUACAAACAGACCAUACAAAAGGAUUCUGCAUCUCCUGGAUGUAGUAGUUCUAUCCAUAGCAGUAUGGUGGAGAAUUAUGGCUUUGGUUAGUGACAUUCAUAGGUGAAAAACCCUUACAAAGCAGACUAGGGUAUCACCAGUGGAAUUGCUGGGUCCCAGCUGACACUUGGGUUCACAUUUCAAGGCCAAAUACAGUCAAAAGAAUGAAAUAAGGUUUAUAAGAGAUUCCCAGAAAUGGUUAGCUCUAGAUCUGGAUGGAAAUGGGUGAGGUGGAGUUCUAGAACAAUUUUUUGAUUGUUUGUUUAAAAAUUGUCGGUUGAAAUUUUCUGACCAGCUUUAGUGAGAUGACAACAAAUGCCCCUGUUUGCUGCAUAAAGGGUGCGUCUAGACUGGCAAAAACUUGCCAGCUGUCUACACAGGCCGCUUU